AUGGAGCUCGGUGGACGCUCUCUGCUGCUCCUGCUGCUGCUGCUCCUCCGGCUGACGCCCGGCCCGGUGCUGGCUCAGGUCCGCCACCCGCUGCCUGUUCUCUGGAUGAUGCCGGUGGGCUCCGGGCAGGGGGGGGGGAACCAGACGGCCGGACUGGCUGCAGCCGUCUCCUUGGCUCUGCAGGACCUGAAGGAACAACCCCCGCCCCUGGGAGACUAUGAUCUUCAGCUGCAGCUGCUGGACUCACAGUGCGAUCCGGCGAAAUCGCUUAAAGCUAUGUUCGAUGCAAUGUGGGCGGGGCCAAAGUACCUGAUGGUGUUUGGAGGGGUGUGUCCAGGGGUGACGUCACUGAUCGCCCGCUCGCUGCCUGCUCUCAACCUGGUGCAGGUGUCGUUUGCGGCGGCGUCCCCCAGCCUGGCCAACAGGAAGUGGUUCGGGAACCUGUUCAGCACGAUGCCGUCCGACCGAGCGGUGAACCAGGCCACGGUCACACUGCUGCAGCGCCACCACUGGACCAGAGUCGGCAUCGUCACGCAGGACACCACCAGACUCUCACAGAUGAAGAAGGAUCUGGUGCGACAGCUGCUGAAGGUCAAAGUUCAGCCUGUUUCCACGGAGACCGUCUUUGAUGACGUCUGCAGCCGCCUGAGGAGACUGAAGGAUCUGGACGUUCGGAUCUUCGUCGCUCAGUUUGAAGAAGAUUCCGUGUCGGAGGUUUUCUGUUGUGCGUACAGGCUGAACCUGUUCGGGUCUCGUCACCAGUGGAUCGUUGUUGAUGGAGGAACCGGCGGCUGGAGGCUGGGGGGGGCGGUCCCUGGCUGUACGACCAGCAGCGUCCUGACGGCGGCAGACGGAUCCAUCAGGCUGCAGAUCAGACCGCUCAGCAGCAGCCACACCCCCGGAGUCUCAGGACGGACGGCUCAGAACUACCAGGACGCCUACCUCCAUCAGCUGAGCCAGCAGGGGGCGGCGCUCAGCGGCCUCCAUGCCUUCGCCUACGACAGCGUGUGGGUGGCGGCCUCCGCUCUGGCGCAGGUGAUGGAGGCCGUGAAGCACCGAGAGAAGUACAGCGCCGCCCGGAGCGUGGCGGUCAGCGAGGCGGGGGUGCAGAAGAUGCUCCUGGACGCUGUGAAGAAAACACAGUUUGAGGGCGUCACGGGACCAGUUUUCUUCAGAAACGGAGAAAGACCAACGACCAUCGAACUGAUUCAGUUCCAAGGCAGCAGUGGUGUGUUGGUGGGUGAGUUCAGUUCAGAAACACAACAGCUCCGCCUCAGGAACCAUCUUCUGAAGUUUAAAGGGGGAGGAGCAGCCAGAGACCACACCCUGGUGCGUCGGCAGCGGCGUCACCUGAAGCUUCUUCACUUCAGCAUCCUGUCCUCGGCUGCAGCUGUGACCAUCUUCAUCGCCCUGGUCCUCCUCGGCUUCAUCAGCUUCCACCGCAGACACUGGUCCGGCAGCGUGUCCCUGGACCAGCUGCUCCUGCUGGGCGUCCUCCUCUCGUCCUCCUCCGUCCUGCUCUCCGGUCUGGACGGAUCCUCCAUGUCCGACGGGACCUUUCAGAUUCUCUGUUCUGCUGGCGUGUGGACUCUGAGUGUGGGCCACACCCUGACCUUCACCGUGCUCCUCAGCAGAACAUGGACUCUCUAUUCCCUCGGCUCGGGGGGGAUGAAGCCGAGGCUCAGGCUCCGCCUCCUGCUCGGGACGCUCCUGGUGGACCUGCUGGUUUUAACCUCCUGGCAGAUUCUGGACCCGCUCCGACGGGGGGUGCUGCAGCAUCACCUGGAGCCGGACCCGUCGGAGCAGGACGUCCUGGUUCAGCCGUUCUCUGAGCACUGCAGCUGCGACCACAUGGAGGCGUGGCUAACGGCUGCGUACGGAUACAGAGGCCCCCUGCUGGGUCUGGGAUGUUUCCUGGCCUGGAACAUCAGGUCGGUGCAGACGCAGCGCCCGGCGCUCAGCGGGCAGCGUCUGGCGCUCAGCGUGGUGACAGUGACGGCGUUCAGUGGGUCGGGGGUGUUGGGGUCACUGCUGACUUCCCACAAUCCUCCUCUUCACUUCUGUCUGAGCAGCGUGCUCAUCCUCUGCUGUAACAUCUGCCUCCUGAUUGGCCUGUUCGGACCCACGAUUCUACACGUGAGGCUGAACAGCAACAAGGCGCCGGCGCCGUGUGAGCUGCAGGUCGGGGCGGCAGAGGAGGAAGAGGAGGAAGAAGAGGAAGAUGAGGAGCAGCUGAGCAGGUUGAACCGACGGCUGAAGAGUCGAACGGCUCAGCUCGAUGCAGAAAUAGAAACAAUCACCAGGAAACUGGAGUCAGAGUCUGAGGUCCUGCAUCAUGAGACCAGGUCCAACAACGCUGAGCUCAGAUCUUUGAGCUGGAACACCAGGAACCCGGAGGAGAACCUGUCAAGUCCAGAGGACGUCAACGCUCCUGAGCUCGUCCGGCGGCGUCUGUCCCAGCAGCUGCAGAUCCUCCAUCACUCCUACCUGCCCGUCGUCGGUGGCGUUCCCUCCAGCUGCUCCAGUCUGUUCGGCAGCCGCGACGCCAUCGUGACCACGACAACAUCCUGUCCAGCAGCGGCACAUGAUACUGCUGAACCAAUCAGAGAACAGCAGUGA